CGUGAAAGGUGCGACAGAGAGGGACUCGCCGGAGGACUUAGAUUUUUUUUUGGCGUGGGACUGACCGGAGCAUGAAUUGGCCAUCAAGACACGGAUCCACACUUCUAGACAAACCAAGUGAGCCUUCCAGGGGAGAAGCGGACGGAGACAGAUUUUAAUGCAACAUCUUCCCUUACGGAGGGCGAUGCACCCGCCGCUUAUUCCAUAAACUGUCACAGUUCGUAUGUUUGCAGAAACACGGCGCUGGAUAUAUUUCCUGCAAAGAUAUUUUCGCGCUCGGGGUUGUGAGGGGUGAAAAUUUGGCUGCAGCGCGCAACAACGAGCGUGUUUGAGCGCAAUUUCUCAGUGACUCGGACUUGCCUCAGAGCGGAGUUUGACUCCUCAUCAUGGGGUACGGUGCACAGACUGACAGAGAAGGAGGAAGAGUGCCGAGAGCCUCCCCGGAGAUGCUGACCGUGUCCUGGCUUUUGGUUUUUCUCCUGGUGGAUAUCGGAGUGGCUCAAGUUGAGGAUGACUUCAUUGGUCUCGGUGAGCUGCCGGAAACCUUCCCUUCGGACCCCCCAGAGCCGCUGCCCGUGUUUUUGAUGGAACCAGAGGAGGCUUAUAUUGUCAAGAACAAGCCGGUCAACUUAUACUGCAAGGCCACACCCGCCACCCAGAUCUACUUCAAGUGCAACAGCGAGUGGGUUCACCAGAAGGAGCACACUGUGGAGGAGCGGGUUGACGAGAAUUCCGGCCUGGUUGUGAGGGAGGCAAGCAUAGAGAUCACUCGGCAGCAGGUGGAGGAGCUAUUUGGGCCGGAGGACUUCUGGUGUCAGUGUGUGGCCUGGAGCUCCGCAGGGACCACCAAGAGUCGCAAAGCCCACGUUCGCAUCGCUUACUUGAGGAAGACAUUUGACCAGGAGCCUCUUGGGAAGGAAGUGUCACUUGAGCAGGAAGUGUUGCUCCAGUGUCGCCCACCUGAAGGCAUCCCAGCUGCUGAGGUGGAGUGGUUAAAGAAUGAGGAGGUUAUUGAUCCCGCAGAUGACAGAAACUUCUAUAUCACCAUCGACCACAACCUGAUCAUCAAACAGGCCCGCCUCUCCGACACUGCCAACUACACAUGCGUGGCCAAGAACAUUGUGGCCAAGAGACGCAGCACCACCGCCACAGUUAUCGUCUACGUGAAUGGUGGAUGGUCGACAUGGACAGAGUGGUCAGUGUGUAACAGUCGCUGUGGCCGUGGUUACCAGAAACGCACCCGCAGCUGUACCAACCCAGCACCACUCAACGGCGGAGCCAUCUGUGAAGGGCAAGGCAUCCAGAAACUGGCGUGUAAUCCUCUCUGCCCAGUGGAUGGCCUGUGGACAGAGUGGAGUAAGUGGUCCACCUGUGGGACAGAGUGCACCCACUGGAGGAGGAGAGAAUGCAGCGCCCCAGCACCCAAAAAUGGUGGAAAGGACUGUGAGGGCAUGGUACUCCAGUCCAAGAACUGCACCGAUGGGCUGUGCAUGCAGAUGGCCCCCAGUACAGAUGAUGUAGCUCUGUAUGUGGGUAUUGUCAUAGCGGUGAUCAUGUGCCUGGUUAUCUCUGUCGUCGUGGCGCUCUUCAUCUACAGGAAAAACCACCGGGACUUUGACUCUGACAUCAUUGAUUCCUCUGCCCUCAAUGGUGGCUUCCAGCCAGUCAGCAUCAAGACUGCUCGCAAAGCUGAUCUCCUAACAGCACCUCCUGACCUGACCUCAGCGGCCGCCAUGUACCGUGGUCCAGUCUACGCCCUGCAUGAUGUGGCUGACAAAAUCCCCAUGACUAAUUCCCCACUGCUGGACCCCCUUCCCAACCUGAAGAUUAAGGUGUACAACUCCUCAGGCUUAGUGACUCCACAGGAUGACCUGGGAGGGGAACUCUCCUCUAAACUGUCACCUAAGCUGCCGCACUGCCUCCUGGACAACAGCGACAGCACGAUGGGUCGUCGCACGCAGACCCAGACGUUGCUCCGCACCAGGGAUCCAUCCUGCACCGCUCUGGGCUCCUUCAGCUCCCAGGGGGGACACCUCAUCGUGCCAAACUCAGGGGUGAGUCUGCUAAUUCCAGCAGGGGCCAUUCCUCAGGGCAGAGUGUAUGAGAUGUAUGUGACGGUUCAGAGGAAGGACAACAUGAGGCCCUCGGUGGACGAUGGCCAAACAGUCCUGAGCCCCGUGGUGAGCUGCGGGCCCCCUGGGGCCCUGCUGACUCGACCCGUCAUCAUCACCAUGCAUCACUGCGCCGUGUGUGACGGCCAACAGGAUUGGCUGAUCCAGCUCAAGAGCCAGUCACAACAGAACCAGUGGGAGGAUAUAGUGGUAGUAGGGGAAGAAAAUUUCACCACGCCAUGCUACAUCCAGAUGGACGACGAGGCCUGUCACAUCCUGACAGAGACGCUGGGUACCUACUGCCUCGUGGGCCAAUCUCUCAGCGCCGCCACCACCAAGCGCCUCAAACUAGCCAUCUUCGGCCCUGUCACCUGCCCUGCCAUGGAGUAUCACAUUAGAGUCUACUGCCUGGAUGACACACAGGACGCACUCAAGGAAGUCCUGCAGAUGGAGAAGCAGAUGGGUGGGAAGUUGUUGGAUGAACCAAAGACUCUCAACUUUAAAGACAGCACCCACAACCUGAGACUCUCCAUCCAUGAUGUCCCCCACACGUUGUGGAAGAGCAAACUACUAGCCAAGUACCAGGAGCUUUCCUUUCAGCAAGUGUGGGAUGGUUCACAGAGGAACCUCCACUGUUGCUUUACCCUGGAGCGGUUCUCUAUUAGCACCGUGGACCUGGCCUGUAAGAUAUGUGUGCGCCAAGUGGAGGGAGAAGGGCAAAUAUUUCAGCUGGACACUACACUGUCAGAGGAUUCCCAGAGUAUUGACACAUCUCUGCUGGACCCCGCCAGUAACAUCACCACACUGGUUGGGCCCAAUGCCUUCCGCAUCCCUGUCUCCAUCCGACAGAAGUUGUGUGGCAGCCUGGAUGCACCGCAGACCAGGGGCAAUGACUGGAGGAUGUUGGCCCACAAACUUAACCUUGACAGGUAUCUUAACUACUUUGCCACCAAAUCCAGUCCUACGGGAGUGAUCCUGGAUUUGUGGGAAGCCCAGCAUUUCCCCGAUGGCAAUCUAAGUCGCCUUGCCCAGGUACUAGAGGAGAUGGGACGCCAUGACAGCCUUGUUCCUGCAGCGACUGAGCACUGACAUCUGCCCACCAGGGAGUGUGACAUUCCAGGGAGGAAGAAGACAUAAAAAGAAAAUAAGAGAGGGAGGGGGGGGUGCCUGAAAGCAGGAGAGUCAUUUGGCAUCACAGUGACAAACGCACGUACACACUCAUAGACACUGCGUGUCUGUGUGUGUGUACACUCAAAGAAGUAAGAAGAUAGAGACAGCUAGGUCUACUCAGCCAUGACCCAGUUAAACAUUGGCAACAAAGGGGUUUAAAAACUUGGGAGGGUAAACAAGACUCUCUGUCAGUCAUUUCUCUCUGGCGGUUCCUCUCUCUGGUAGAACGACUUGAUAUUUUUCGGCUCUGGUUUCCUUGGAAUCAGCUGUCCGGUUAUUUGGAUGGACUGUGUGCACUAUGUGGAUGAUGCCCUUGCCCCAUGCCAACAGUCUGAAUAGUGACACCCAAUCAGAGGUCAAAGGAUCCAAGGAGCACGGCUUGGAUCAGAGGAAGCAUCUCUCACUCUCCAGAAAUCCGUCUCCAUAGCAACUCCAUGGAUGAGUAUGUGUUCUGUGAUAACAUUGUAUUUAAUAAUAUGCCUAUUUAUACAUAUCUUUUUUUUUUUUUUUUGUAUUUUAUGCUGCCUGUUAGGGAAUACUGUGUAGUGUCCUCACGUUUUUGUUUCUUCUUUCAUUAUGUUUGACUGUAUCAUAGCACCCCCUGGUGGACUCUUACAGUAAUGACUCAUCCUGUCAGCCACACUUACAUGUACAGAAGGAAAUCAAUGAUGUAACCAUUUUACAGAUUUAGUGUUGCUGUCGUAACUAAAAUGAAAACUUUUUAAUUCAUGUUUUGUAUAAUUAUUGAUUUUCAAGUAUGUGCUUAUUUAGUUGCAAGUCUUUAAAAUAUUUUCCCUAAGUUGAAUUGGUUGUUUUUUCUUUACUUCCUUUGUUUUUUGCAUGUUUUUUUUUAUUAAGUCAUUGGGCUAAUUCCACCAGUCUAUUGCCCCUAGAUAGAAGGCGAUCAACAUUACUUUCCCAAACUGACUAAAAUUCAUGACUGAUGCUGAUGACUUGUGUGUUGUUCAAGACAUCAUCUAUGUGAAUGAGACCAGGCAGAGAUGAGAGGUAGAUCCUGUAGAAAAGGGAAUCAAAUAAGUAUAUUUUUGUAGGACCAAUGCAACUGAAUACAACUGCUUUUUACCAAAUAAUUGACAUACAGUGUGUGCGGUUAAAUUUAAUACACAAAGUGAUCAUCUAAAUGUCGAAAGUCAUUUCAAAAAGUGUCAUUUCCUGUGUUCAGGACUGAGUGACAUUCAUUUGUGAUUUUGGAGGAGAAUGGGAGAUUUUGACUCAGACUUCUGUGGUUGUACAUUAAUGACAGAAGCCAUUGAUAUUAUGAUGACACUGACUCUGUGCAUAAAAAUUAGUGAUAGUUGUAAAAUGCAACAUUCCUUUGAUGCAGCAGCACUUGUGACUGUUCAAGUGUUCUUGGUUGUUGUUUUUAUUUUUCGUUUGUUUUUUUUUCCUUCUCAAAUGGCAGUUGUCCCAGUUUUCGUAAAGCCGUCUAUGCAAACUUUGCAUCCUUUUGAAACAAUCUUUACAUUCUCAGUGGGCUAGCCUUUGCAUUCCCUAGUUGUUCCUCAGCUUCAUGAUUAUUAUUGUGUAUAGUGAGAAUGUAGCCUGUCUGUUUCCGGCACUCAUGAUGUUCCGCGCAACUGCUUGCAUUUCAUCUGUCAAGUUAUUGUACAAAGUGUAAGAAAGAAUUUUUAAGACUAAUAAUAAAUUAUAUUUA